UUUUGCUCUGCGCUGAGUUAAAAAAAUAACGCAUAAAACCAAAACGAAACGGCCAAAUCUCUUUCUAUCUCUCUCUCGUCUUCUCUCUGUUUCUCUUCAUUCUGUUUGUUCUGAUUUUCUCUCUCUUAGGGUUAGGGUUUCUGGUUUGGUUUCAGCCAUGGCUUCGUCUUCGUCUGAACCUGGUUUGAAACCUGAGAGUGGCGGUGGUAGUGGUAGUGGUGGAGGAGAAACUUCCGAGGCAGCAGUGGCGAGUGAUCAACUCUUGCUGUACAGAGGAUUGAAAAAAGCUAAAAAAGAGCGAGGGAGUACUGCCAAAGAGAGGAUCAGCAAAAUGCCUCCUUGUGCCGCCGGGAAACGCAGCUCUAUUUAUAGAGGAGUUACCAGGCAUAGAUGGACUGGUCGUUAUGAAGCCCAUCUUUGGGAUAAAAGUACCUGGAACCAAAAUCAAAAUAAGAAGGGAAAGCAAGUUUACUUGGGUGCAUAUGAUGAUGAGGAGGCUGCAGCUAGAGCGUAUGAUCUUGCUGCUUUAAAAUACUGGGGCCCAGGGACGCUCAUUAAUUUUCCGGUUACAGAUUAUGCUAGAGAUCUUGAAGAGAUGCAAAAUGUCUCAAGAGAAGAAUACCUUGCAUCUCUCCGAAGAAAGAGCAGUGGUUUCUCAAGAGGAAUAUCUAAAUAUCGUGGGCUUGCCAGUAAUCGGUGGGAUCAACCAUUUGGACGUAUAGCCGGACAAGAAUACUUCAAUAACAUGCACUAUGGUAUGGGUGAUGAUGCAGCAGCGGAAAGUGAAUUGUUUGGUGGUUUUUGCAUGGAAAGAAAAAUUGAUCUAACAGGUUAUAUUAAGUGGUGGGGGCCCAACAAAACUCGCCAAUCAGAUUCCCUCGCAAAAUCAUCAGAGGAAACAAAGCAAGGCAGUGGGGAAGAUAUUGGCAGUGAACUUAAAACAUUGGAAUGGGCAAUCCAGCCUACUGAGCCAUAUCAGAUGCCCCGUUUGGGCCUUCCCCAUGAAGGGAAAAAGCAAAAAAGUUCCACUGUAUCGGCCUUGAGCAUUUUGUCACGGUCUGCUGCCUACAAGAGUUUGGAAGAGAAAGCAUCCAAAAAGCAAGAAAAUAACACUGAGAAUGAUGAGAAUGAGAAUAAAAAUAAAAUCAACAAGAUGGAUCAUGGAAAAGCAGUUGAGAAAUCAACAAGCCAUGAUAGUGGAAGUGAGAGACUUGGAGUAGCAUUAGGAUUGGGUGGGGAAUUCUCUAUUCAAAGAAGUGUGUAUCCAUUGACUCCUUUGUUAUCCGCACCACUUCUUACCAACUACAGUAGUGUUGAUCCCUUGGCGGACCCUAUUUUAUGGACGUCUCUUGUUCCUGCUCUGCCGACUGGACUUCCACGUACUGCUGAGGUUACAAAGACUGAGACCAGUUCAACUUAUACCUUCUUUCAUCAGGAGGAACAAUGACACUUCCACAAUCUUCUACAAUUUGGUGGAAAAGCAGACGUUUGCUUGAGUUCCAUUUGAGUGUUCUAGCGAUGCAGUAUUUUGAAAAGAAGGUGGAAAGGUAUGAACACCUCAGUUUGUCUUUAGACAUCAGAAGCUUUCAGUUAUUCUUCAAUGCUUGUUUUACACAGGUUUUAGAGCAAAUAGAAAGAAGAAUAUAGAUGUAUCUGUAUAUUUAGAAAUUAGGGGUUUAAUUUUUUAAAUAUUUUUUUUUUAGAAAAUAAAAAGGAAGAAAGAUAUUUGGUAGAGAAGCUGAUAUUUGCUUUAGUUCUGAUCUGGUGGUAUUAGUAAACAUCUCAGUUUGUCUUAGACAUGAAAAGCUUUCAUUUGUGUCGCACACUCAUACAAUUCUAUGUGUAUAUUGAGAACAUGUAAAAUAGAAACCUUUUCGUAUA